UGCAGCGUUGUGAAUUGGUGUUCUGUGUUGUAUGGUAUGGAGCACGUAACAUUUGUACACAGUUGGCAUAAUUUUAUAUAAAUUGACACAUAUUAUAGUGAAAUUACUGUUUUUGUGUGUUCUUUAUAAAAUAUCAAGAAAAUCAUGGGUGUACCAGCAUUUUUCCGGUGGCUUAGCCGUAAAUAUCCGUCAGUGAUUGUCGAAUGUAUUGAGCAAAAGCCAACAUCAACUAGUGGAGUUCGUGUUCCAGUUAAUUCAGCAGAUCCCAAUCCUAAUGGAAUCGAAUUUGAUAAUUUGUAUUUGGAUAUGAAUGGAAUAAUUCAUCCUUGUACACAUCCUGAAGACAAGCCUCCACCAAAAAAUGAAGAUGAAAUGAUGGAAGCAAUUUUUGAAUGCAUCGAUAGAUUAUUCUGUAUUGUCCGACCAAGAAAAUUGCUUUAUAUGGCUAUUGACGGAGUUGCUCCACGAGCUAAAAUGAAUCAGCAAAGAUCACGACGUUUUCGUGCAUCUAAGGAGGCAAAUGAGAAAAUAACUGAAAUGGAAAGAAUACGUUCUGAAUUAGCUUUGAAAGGGGCAUUUUUACCUCCAGAAAAAUCAAAAGGAGACCAUUUUGAUAGUAACUGCAUCACACCAGGAACCCCUUUUAUGGCACGAUUAUCAGCUUGUUUACAUUAUUACAUUCAUGAACGUUUAAAUAACGAUCCAGGUUGGAGAAAUAUUAAAGUAAUAUUAAGCGAUGCAAAUGUUCCUGGUGAAGGAGAGCAUAAAAUAAUGGAUUAUAUUAGACGCCAAAGGGGACAGCCAGAUCAUGAUCCCAAUACACAGCACGUACUAUGUGGUGCUGAUGCGGAUUUAAUAAUGUUGGGUCUUGCAACCCAUGAGCCAAAUUUUACAAUCAUUCGUGAAGAAUUUAAACCGAACAAACCCAGACCUUGCGAUAUAUGUGGCCAGUUGGGUCACGAAAUGAAGGAUUGCACAGGAUCAGAGCCAAAUCAAAAAGAGGAAGAAAGUGUAUUUGGAUCAGAGUGCCAGUUUAUAUUUGUACGUCUCAAUGUGCUUCGAGAAUACUUGGAAAGGGAAUUGCAAAUGCCUAAUCUGCCGUUCAAGUAUGACUUUGAGCGAGCAAUCGACGAUUGGGUCUUUAUGUGUUUCUUCGUAGGGAAUGAUUUUCUACCACAUCUUCCAUCAUUGGAAAUUCGAGAAGGAGCCAUUGACAGACUUGUAAACUUAUACAAAAAGACUGUGUACAAAACAGGGGGAUUUCUGACGGACAGUGGGGAUGUCAAUUUGGACAGAGUACAAUUAAUAAUGUCUGACCUUGGUGACGUUGAAGAUGAAAUCUUUAAAAAGAGACAACAAAAUGAGUUGGCAUUCAAACAGCGUGAGAAAAACAAGAAAAGACGUAUGGAGGCUAUUAGCAAUUAUAAGCCCAAUUGGGUACCAGCUGGACAAUUUGCACCAACACCUUUAGGUCAGGGCGUAAAACCUGUACAGAAUGCACGACAUGAAGCAUAUCAAAUGAGAAUGCAAGGUCGUAAUUUUAAUACCAGUGCCACAGAAAGAGCAUUAAAGGGUACAAAUGCAGCCACUGCUCUGGAGAGUAUGUUAGUCCCUGAAGACUCAGCUAACAAAGGACAAAAACGUAAGCAUGAAGAAACUGAAGGUGAAGAAUCUGAUGACGACCAGGCGCACGAUGAGGUCAGACUUUGGGAAGAUGGAUUCAAGGACCGUUAUUAUCAAUCGAAAUUUGACGUAUCGUCUGACAACCUCGCUUUUAGAAACAACGUAGCACUUCAAUACGUUCGUGGACUCUGUUGGGUAUUGCGUUAUUAUUAUCAAGGGUGUGCCUCAUGGAAGUGGUACUUUCCAUACCACUAUGCACCUUUUGCUAGUGACUUUAUUAACAUUGGCGGCCUUUCUACAGAAUUUGAAAAAGGAACAGAACCGUUCCGUCCACUAGAACAAUUAAUGGGAGUAUUUCCAGCAGCGAGUAGUCGUCACGUACCUGCACCUUGGGCCCCACUAAUGAGUGAUCCUAAAUCCCCCAUUAUCGAUUUCUACCCUGAGGAUUUUAAGAUCGAUUUGAACGGGAAGAAAUUCGCCUGGCAGGGUGUAGCUCUGUUACCCUUUGUCGAUGAGAAAAGAUUAUUCAAAGCUUUGGAGCCGUAUUACGAUAGUCUAACAGAGGCAGAGAAACAACGCAACGUCUGUGGCAAUGAUCGGCUUUACGUAGGCCUGGGUAACAGCGGUUAUACAUUUAUAAAAGGACUCUACACGAACCGCAUUAAUUUCACCACGGAAACGGAAAUAUCUAUAGACGGGAUGCGAGGCACAGUUUUAUUGGCUAACGACUGCGUUGGCGAUGGCGCAACUCUGCCUUCGCCCAUCAAUGGCCUCCCCGUACGAAAUAAUAAAGUCUAUUGUAUAAAAUUCCGGGAUCCCCAUUAUCCAUCGAACCAUAUUUUCCCAGCAAGAAAAUUGAAGGGGGCUAAAGAACCUCCUAGAGUUUUGAAACCCCAGGACUUUGAACAGAUGAAUCGUAACAGUGGAAACCAAUGGAGACCCCAGAUAGGAUUUACUCCUUCGAAACAAGUAGCUUCAUUAGGAGAAGCUGGUCAUCGUAUGCUUGGACAUCACACAAAUAACAACAGAAAUGCACCCAUGUACGGAUAUGUACCACCGCCUCAGAAUACAUAUCAGCAACAUCGUGGUUAUCAAAGCGGAUAUCAUUCGAGUACCAAUAGCGGAUAUGGUACUGGUUCGACAACUGGAUAUAACGCAAGCAGCGGAAGCGGAUAUAGUUCUGGCAGUCAGAGCUACCAGAAUCAUUCACAAACUGGUCCGUGGGCAGGUGGCUAUAACGCAUCGUCUUCCAAUUAUCAAUCGCGUAAUCAACAUCAACGAGGCGGUGGUCAGGCGUCCCAGCAGCAACGCGGGGGAGGUUCACAGUACUAUCAGCAAGGUGGUCGCGGUAAUCACUAUCAGAAUCAACAGCAGCCGAAUCAUUAUCAGAAUCAACAACGGAACCAAUCGUCAAAUCGGUACGGAAACGGCGGCAGCGGAGGCGGCGGAUGGAGAGGCCGAUAGGGAAAUUUGCUCUAAGAGAGUAAUUUUAUAUUAAUGAAAGAAAAAGAAGAAAAAAAAAGAGAAACGAAUGAAGAUAAAUGAGACACGAAUUGAUCGAUAUUAUUUGAGAAGAACAAGAGGAAAUAUUUACGAUUAUUAGCGACACGGCAAUAACGACACGAUACUUUUAAGUCUUUAAAGUACAGGGUUGCCGUCUUUAGAAUGAAAUAUUAAUUUUUGGUGUAUUUGCAAAUUACGAGUGAACAAAGUCGCUAUGUAUAUCACUCGUGGAAUAACGUUUCUUUAGAAUCAAUUUUUAUUAGUUUUCUAAUACACGAUUUCACUCCUUAUGACGUCAUAAUCACAUAACGGAGUGUCUCCUUAUACCUGGUAUAAUCGAGAAGUUCAUUAACAUAAGGUAGAAUACCGAUAAUAAAAUGAAAUUAGGCGCAAGAAGCAGUACGUAUUGGAUACCCAGCCCAUGGAAAGUGGCGCGAAAACAAUUGUAAAUUCGAAAAGUUUCGUUUGAGCAUGUAUCAUCGAUAAUACAGAAUAUUUCCUUAAAAAAAGACAGAGAGAGAGAGAGAUGGAAAAAAAAGAAAGAAAAAUUGUACAACAUUCUUGAUACCCUCGUUUUCACCCAUUGUAUAUGUAUAUUUUGCCGAUAAGAAAGCUCAUGAGACUUUAUGUA